GUCAGGCUCCCGCCCCCGCUCCGGCCCCGCGGCGAGGCGGCUCUGGCGAGCCCAGCGCCGGGCGCGGGUGCCGAGGCCGCCGCGGAGACUAGUCGGACGCAACUAGGGCGUCUGCGCCUGGGUGGCCCGUGGCGCUGAGAGGACGGUGUGGCCCCGGAGAGGGUGGAGACGACGUCUGCGCGGGGCUCGCAGGCUGCCCCUCCCAGGGUGUGGGCUACGGAAAGGAAAGAGGAAGAGGAGCCGAAGGGGGCAGCCGCGGCCGCCCCUGCACGGCCUGGGCACUGACAGGCAGGGCCGGCGCCGGCUCGCUCGGGACUUGGCGCUGUCGCCGCCUUCCGCGGCUGCUCGGCCCCUGGGCCCGGAUUCGCGGCGCGCGUCGGGGCGGAGAGCUGCGUCCGCGCAGGGGGCCCCGCGUCCUCGCCGCCCAGGGAUGUGAGCGGGACCCGAGGCAGACGGCGAGGCCCCGCACGGGCCCAGUCCGGCGGCCGCUCCGACAGCUCCGGGGGCUCCGCAGACCUUGGCCGGCCGGAGGCGGCGGGUUUCCGAGAGGACGAGGGAGCAAGAUGUGAACCGUGUCUGCUGCAGAAAGGCGGCCCUUCGUCCGGUUCCCGCGACGGCAAAUGAUUUGAAAAAGGACUGCAUGGGAAUGGCCUGUCUUACAAUGACAGAAAUGGAAGAAACAUCAUCACCUGUACAUCAAAAUGGUGAUAUUCCUGGCAAUGCUAAUACUGUGACACAGAUAGAUCCAGUUCUACAAGUGUAUCUUUAUCACUCCCUUGCAAAAGAUGAGGGAGAUUACCUGAAGUUUCCAACUGGGGAAUAUGUUGCUGAAGAAAUUUGUAUUGCUGCUUCUAAAGCUUGUGGAAUCACACCUGUAUAUCAUAGUAUGUUUGCUUUAAUGAGUGAAACAGAAAGGAUCUGGUAUCCACCCAAUCAUGUCUUCCAUAUAGAUGAAUCAACGGGGCACAAUGUACUCUACAGGAUAAGAUUCUACUUUCCUUACUGGUAUUGUAAUGGCAGCAACAGAACCUAUCGGCAUGGAAUAUCUCGAGGUGCUGAAGCUCCUCUUCUUGAUGACUUUGUCAUGUCUUACCUUUUUGCUCAGUGGCGGCAUGACUUUGUGCAUGGAUGGAUAAAAGUCCCUGUGACUCAUGAAACACAGGAAGAAUGUCUUGGGAUGGCAGUUUUGGAUAUGAUGAGAAUAGCCAAAGAAAAGGAUCAAACACCACUGGAUGUCUAUAACUCUAUCAGUUACAAGACAUUUUUACCAAAAUGUGUACGAGCAAAGAUUCAAGACUAUCAUAUUUUGACAAGGAAGAGAAUAAGGUACAGAUUUCGAAGAUUUAUUCAGCAGUUUAGCCAGUGCAAAGCCACUGCCAGAAACUUGAAACUUAAGUACCUUAUAAAUCUGGAAACUCUUCAGUCUGCCUUCUAUACAGAACAAUUUGAAGUAAAAGAACCUGGAAGAGGUCCUUCAGGUGAGGAGAUUUUUGCAACCAUUAUAAUAACUGGAAACGGUGGAAUUCAGUGGUCAAGAGGGAAACAUAAAGAAAGUGAGACACUGAAAGAACAGGAUUUACAGUUAUAUUGUGAUUUCCCUGAUAUUAUUGAUGUCAGUAUUAAACAAGCAAGCCAAGAAGCCUCAAAUGAAAGCAGAAUUGUAACUAUCCAUAAACAAGAUGGUAAAAUUCUGGAAAUUGAACUAAGAUCAUUAAGAGAAGCUUUAUCUUUUGUGUCAUUAAUUGAUGGAUAUUAUAGAUUAACUGCAGAUGCACAUCAUUACCUCUGCAAAGAAGUAGCAUCUCCAAUGGUUCUUGAAAAUAUACAAAGCAACUGUCAUGGCCCAAUUUCAAUGGAUUUUGCCAUCAGUAAACUGAAGAAAGCAGGUAAUCAGACUGGACUAUAUGUACUUCGAUGCAGUCCUAAGGAUUUUAAUAAAUAUUUCCUGACUUUUGCUGUUGAGAGAGAAAAUGUCAUUGAAUACAAGCAUUGUUUGAUUACCAAAAAUGAGAAUGGAGAAUAUAACCUCACUGGUACUAAGAAGAACUUUAAUAAUCUUAAAGAUCUUUUGAAUUGCUACCAGAUGGAAACUGUCCGCUCAGAUAAUAUAAUUUUCCAGUUUACUAAAUGCUGUCCCCCAAGGCCAAAAGAUAAAUCAAAUCUUCUAGUUUUCAGAACCAAUGGUGUUUUGGAUGUACCAAUCUCACCAACAUUACAAAGGCAUAAUAAUGUGAACCAAAUGGUGUUUCAUAAAAUCAGAAAUGAAGAUUUGAUAUUUAAUGAAAGCCUUGGCCAAGGCACUUUUACAAAAAUCUUUAAAGGUGUAAGAAGAGAAGUAGGAGACUAUGGUCAACUACAUGAAACAGAAGUUCUUUUAAAAAUUCUGGAUAAAGCACAUAGAAACUAUUCGGAGUCUUUCUUUGAAGCAGCAAGCAUGAUGAGCCAACUUUCUCAUAAGCAUCUGGUUUUAAAUUAUGGAGUAUGUGUUUGUGGAGAGGAGAAUAUUCUUGUUCAGGAGUUUGUAAAAUUUGGAUCACUAGAUACUUACUUAAAGAAGAAUAAAAAUUCUAUAAAUAUAUUAUGGAAACUUGAAGUGGCUAAACAGUUAGCAUGGGCCAUGCAUUUUCUCGAAGAAAAACUCCUUAUUCAUGGGAACGUGUGCGCCAAAAAUAUUCUACUUAUCAGAGAAGAAGACAGGAAGACAGGAAAUCCUCCUUUCAUCAAACUUAGUGAUCCUGGCAUUAGUAUUACAGUUUUGCCUAAGGACAUUCUUCAAGAAAGAAUACCAUGGGUGCCCCCUGAAUGCAUUGAAAAUCCUAAAAAUUUAAACUUGGCAACAGAUAAAUGGAGUUUUGGUACCACAUUGUGGGAAAUCUGCAGUGGAGGAGAUAAGCCUCUCAGUGCUUUGGAUUCUCAAAGAAAGCUACAGUUUUAUGAAGACAGGCACCAGCUUCCUGCACCAAAAUGGACAGAACUUGCAAAUCUUAUUAAUAAUUGUAUGGAUUAUGAAGCAGAUUUUAGACCUUCUUUCAGAGCCAUAAUACGAGAUCUUAAUAGUUUGUUUACACCAGAUUAUGAAUUAUUAACAGAAAAUGACAUGUUGCCAAAUAUGCGCAUAGGCACCUUAGGGUUUUCUGGUGCUUUUGAAGACCGUGAUCCUACACAGUUUGAAGAGAGACACUUGAAAUUUCUACAGCAACUUGGCAAGGGUAAUUUUGGAAGUGUGGAGAUGUGCCGAUAUGAUCCCUUACAGGACAAUACUGGUGAGGUAGUGGCUGUGAAGAAACUCCAGCACAGCACUGAAGAGCACCUCAGAGACUUUGAAAGGGAAAUAGAAAUCCUUAAAUCCCUGCAGCAUGACAACAUUGUAAAGUAUAAAGGAGUGUGUUACAGUGCUGGCCGGCGUAAUCUAAGAUUAAUUAUGGAAUAUUUGCCAUAUGGAAGUUUACGAGACUAUCUCCAAAAACAUAAAGACCGUAUAGAUCAUAAGAGACUUCUGCAGUAUACAUCUCAGAUAUGCAAGGGCAUGGAGUAUCUUGGUACAAAAAGAUAUAUUCACAGGGAUCUGGCAACAAGGAAUAUAUUGGUGGAAAAUGAAAACAGAGUUAAAAUAGGAGAUUUUGGGUUAACAAAAGUAUUACCACAAGAUAAAGAAUACUACAAAGUGAAAGAACCUGGUGAAAGCCCCAUAUUCUGGUAUGCUCCAGAAUCACUGACAGAGAGCAAGUUUUCUGUAGCUUCAGAUGUUUGGAGCUUUGGAGUGGUUCUGUAUGAGCUUUUCACAUACAUUGAGAAGAGUAAAAGUCCACCAGCGGAGUUUAUGCGUAUGAUAGGCAACGACAAGCAAGGACAGAUGAUUGUGUUUCAUUUGAUAGAACUCCUAAAGAAUAAUGGAAGAUUACCAAGACCUGAUGGAUGCCCUGAUGAGAUUUAUAUGAUCAUGACAGAAUGCUGGAAUAAUACUGUAAAUCAGCGGCCCUCUUUCAGAGACCUAGCUCUUCGAGUUGAUCUAAUAAGGGACAAUAUGGUUGGAUGAAAGAAAUGAACAACUUUACUAAAGACCAAAACAGACCUGUGUAACAAAGUUUUGCAUUUCACAUUACUGUGAACUGUUAUUACAUCAUAUUAUUAUGAAGAUCAUGAUGCUAGCCAGCAAAGAUAUGGAAAUAUUUGCUGAAAAUCUUCACAGUUUUGUGAUUUUUUUUCCUUCAUGAAGACAGCAUGUAAGACAUACGAAGUCAAUAGCAAAGAAUUUUGUAAAAACUUUCAUGAACCGAGUCAGUCUGUUGACAUCACUUUCUUAAGUUAAAAAAAAAAAUCUGCUUUUGAGAUGUUCUGUUCUCAGAAUUUUGUUCUCAGAAUUCUGUUCUCAGAAUUUUGAGAUAAAAAAAUUGUAAUGUAUAUUUUGCAAUGUGAAAGUUGCACAGAGCAUGUAUAUACCAUUUUUACCAAAGUGAAUGUAUAACGUGUUGGCAUCUUGUGUUUUACACAAGAGCUGAUAUUAAUAAUGUUUUCUAAAUUUUCCUUAGCUAAUCUGCGAUAACUUUACCAUACAAAAAAUUGAUGCUUAGAUAAUUGAGUAUGCAUCUUUGUGUUUUUGUUCAAAGUGUCCAGAAAUAUAGGCAGAUGUAAACUUUUAGGUUGUAGUACCUUGUACUGUAAAUAUGUUCAAAGGAAAGGGAACAAAGUUUAGUUUUAUCUGUAUAGGACAUUUCCCAGACUCUUAAGUAAUACAUUUUGAAAUGGAACACGUUUACAAAGACAGUAACACAAUAUAUUUUCUUACUUGUCUCCCUUGUAUCUGUUUGUGGUAUGUUUUUUAAAAUAGCUAUAUCUUGAAACUUUCCUCAACUACAGGGAAUAGUUGUUUGUUUUUUUAAAUCUUGAGUUUAAAAUGCCAGGAGUAUUGUCUUCUGUCGAACUGUUGGAUGCCAAUAGAUUCUCUGAUUCCUGGACCUAAGUCCUAUGAUGAUGCAUUAAAUGCAAAUGUAAGCCAUAAAA